ACGACGGAAUAGUAUUCAGCCAACUCACCCACUACAACCUACAAGCAGCGUGGUUGCAGUUUUACAUUGUAACUUACUACAGUGUGAUGGAGCACCAUCAAGCAGCAGCGUAGUCGCACCAAGCUGAGAAAAGAAUCAAACUCGUAGCUCGUAGCUAAACGCAAUUUAUCCACUCAAAAAAAAAAACUACAGAUGCAGUAAGCAGAACUGUGGUGUGUAGGUAAUGUAGAAAUGUACCCAACACUCUCGAAUCGCGCUCAAUCGUUUGCUCACUCUCGCAGCAGCAACAACAACAAUCCGUGGGGCGCAAUUUUCGUCGUCAACGAUUUUGGGGUGCAACUUUCUUUUAGGGACGUUUUUCGCCUCGAGGACAGUUCAUUAGGGUCGUGAAAAGUGGUACAAAUUGUGCGUAAGGAAGUUAGAGACCUGCAUGUCGAAGAAUUUUGAUGAGUUUGUCGCUCUGGAGUACGAUUUGAAGUGAUUUUCUCAGCACAGUCGAUCAUAAACCUUGAACUAUAGCGUGCAGAGCAGUGUGUCCAAGUGGAAGGUAUAGCUAGUGCAGCGCUCUAGCGAGUGGUUCACCAACAAAGAAAGCGCGAAGUCCGCAGCAUGGUUGUGAUAAAGCGUGCAUCAGUGAUGUAAUAGAAGAAGUUUUGUUGAUGAACGAACUGAGUUGAUUGGAAAGUUUAUAAGUUUAGCUUUAGAGAGGACAUCAAUCAUGAGUUUGGCGCUCAAUUUCGAACGCAAGUGUCGUACCUGUGGUACAGAUAUCUUGGAGCUGACGUGCGGAAUACCGAUCUUCGGCAGUGGACUUCAACUAGAUCAGAAAAUCCAUCGAUAUCUGGGAUUAAAUGUUGCUCUCCACGAUGAUCUCCCAAAAUUCCUUUGCGCCACCUGUUUCAUCAAAGUUGAAAGCAUCGACAAGUUUGCCAUCCUUGCCAAGAAAACCGAGGAAGCCUAUCUGGGGUGGUUCAAAUGCAUCCGUGCCAAUUUGGCCAAACACAUUAGCCCUCUGCCGCCACCGCUGGCUCCGGUGCGACAGCUGGUCACAACUCCGGCUGGUGCCGGGUCCCCCAAGCCAGGGCUCUCGAUUACUCCGAAAAUUGAUUUUACCGCCCUAAAGCAAGCCGUCGAUGAGCAGAUCAAACAGAAUGAUGCUCCCCUGGGUUCGGCUUUGAAUCCGAUUCGACUGAUCAAGCCGGAGAUUUCGAUCGUUUCGUACAGUGAUCUCAAGUUGGGACUGCUGAUCAAGGAUCAAGAGUUGCUCAAGCUCAUAUUGAAGGCGCUCCGCUGGGCGGAGCACGAUCAAAGGGCCACGUUCGAGGUGUUGAUUCAACGGUUGAAGAAUACUACAUUUAGGGAAAUUUUGUCUAAUCCGAACCUAUUGAAGGACAGUGAUCUCACUCAGUUGUUGAAGUCUUACAUCGGACAGGAGGCGUUCAAUAAGUUCACUAGUGGAAAUGGGAAUGCUACAACUGGUAGCGGUAUCGAUCUCGGGAACAGAGGUGUUACCAUCAAACCGAUCGUUCACAUUUCACCGGUAAAGGCAAAUCCCGAUCAUCAGAAUAGUGGAGUGGCUUCCACUUCAUGCUCCACGGUAUUACCGGUUGUGAAAAAGGAGCGCAUGUACUCUAAUGAAGAAAAAGUGACCCAAAUGGAAGUCGGCGUUGAUCCCAGCCUCUUUUUGGAUGAUGAGGAGAGCCAAGGAAAAUCGAAAGUGAAUGAUAGACAAAAGAUGGAAAAUGUCGUUACGAUUCAACUGGUUCCAGCCAAAGAGAGCUGCAAGAAAUCGGAGGAAAAGAUGCCACUGCUAAGUCUAUCACGUGACUUUCGCUGCACUCUAAGUUCUGUAAGUCCGGAAGCUCUUUGUAGCAAAUCUAACUUAGAGAGUAGAGAAACAUCGAACGAGGUGAUCAAACCGCAUGAUCCUCCCUCGUUGGCCACGCCGACCGAUAAGAAAAUGAUAAAAAUUCGUGUAAAGAAAAACAGAGAGAAAAUUCCACCGCCGACUCUACCAACACCCAUCCCGAUCAACCCAAUUUCUCUCCCAAUAUCGAUUCCACCGACAACGACUAUCACAAUGAUCCCAGCGAAACCCUCUGAAGCAAAACCCUUAGAAGAAAAACCACAGCCGAAAGCCAUCAGUCCACCUCCCAUCCCAGCGUUGAACUUGCAAAAACCAACCGAGCCGCCGAAAACCCAAAACGAAAAGUCCAAACGGAAGCGUGAAGUCAAAUGGACCCUAAAGCUCGGAGGAAACCCAGCCAAACGCACCCGAAGCCAGGUCGGUUCCGCAAAAACCUCAAAACUGUCGUGCACCAUCUGCAAAAAACGUUUCCCAUCGAAGAGCAAACUGUCCGCGCACAUGGAGUUACACCCAAACCCAAAGGUGGAUAAAUACACCUGCGACAAGUGCGAUCGCGUAUUCAGGACGGCCGCGAACCUAUCGAAGCACAAGCAGUUCCACGGUGGAGAGAAAUUUUCCUGCGAUCACUGCCGGAAGGUCUACCCGACCAGUAGCAUGUUGAAAACGCAUAAGUUGAGUCACAGCGACGAUCGGCCGCACCGGUGCACCAUCUGCGACAGGACGUUCAAGCGGAAUCAGGAUCUGAAGUUCCACCUGAACCAGCACACCGGAUCGCGCCCAUUCAAAUGUCCACAAUGCCCGAAGACGUUCGCCAGUUCGGGUAAUUGCUUUUCCCACCGCAAACGCAUGCAUCCAUCCGGGAUAACCGCAGCGGAGGAGAAAGAGCACGCCCAUAAACCCCCAGUAAAAGUGCAAUGAACAUUCAACAAUAAUUAUCUCUGUAAUAUAAUGCAGUAGGUAAAUAUUAGGACGUGAAAUAUUUGGAUCUUGAACUCGAACGUUAAGCUACCCCCAGCCACUGUGAUACAAAGUACAAUGAUGUAAAUAACUUAUCCCCGAUAAAAAUGUUGAGUUUUUGAAUUCUAUUUAAGAUAUAAUUAAUUGUCGAGGAGAACGACACUAGUUUU